AUGCGCGUCAAAAGGGACCUCGCCCUCGUUAGCAAAGCGUGGAACAAACACAUGCAGGAAUUUCUCUAUGAGUUCGUUUGGAUUAGCCGUGCGAGUCAGGCCAAGGCGCUCGCUCUCACUUUGCUGACUCAGUUCGUCAAUGGAAAGCUGUCCAGUGGUCGGUGGAUUCGUAGGCUUCAUAUGGAGACUCCAGCAUUGAAGCGCUGUGCAACGGAUGAUAUUCGAACCAUCCUUGACUAUGCACCUCACCUAGUCAUCUAUUCGGAUCAUCAUGCGGUGCGGUGUACGCGUUACCAGGAGUUCAGCGACGUCCGGUGCUCGCCCGAACACCUCGUCUCUGCCCUUGCAGUCCCGAACAGCAAACUCCGUCGACUGUCGCUAACCAACUACAGCGACCUCCCCUUUCCAUAUCACAUGUCCCCGAUGCUCAAGCAGACUGCAAGAAACCUUGAAUACCUGGAGCUAUCUUCAACCAGCGUUCCUGUUUCGAGUCGCACUCCUACCCGUACGACGCCCGUCGUUUCCCUUCCCGUUUUGCAGUCGUUGAAGUUGACUUUGGAUAACACCACCUUCGCCGUCCUCGCAUCUUGGAAGAUGCCCAAUUUGCGCAAUGUUUCCGUCCUUGGACAUUCCUCGUCGCUUAUCGUGGAGCACAAUCUCUCUCUCACUCCGCGUCCCAUACAACAGAUACCACUUGGUGACUGGUGCCCGAAUUUGAAAGAGUUUAUUUGUUCUGCUGAUGCAGAGUGGAACUGGAGGAAUCCAGACUGGAUCGCACCACAUAUUUUGCUUCCUGCCCAUCGCCACUUGCGAUUUAUCGGAAUCCGUGACAUUGACAAGCGUCUUAUCGACGAUGCUGCUGCAUUCCCCGCGGACCCCGAAGACGACGCGCCAUUCUUCCCACUUCUGGAACAGAUCUCUUCUCUACUUUUCAACGAUGCCUUUCCCUCUUUGCGCUAUAUCCGGGACCUCAGUCGUACCUCGCAUACUAUGCGUUCUGGUCGCCGCCCUGAAAUUAGGGUUCUGAAAUUCUGGGCCAAUGUACUUGCUCGCUGCGGACAACGUCAAGUCUGGCUUGAGGAUUAUCGCGGUGUCAAUAUCACCGUUCGCGAUCUCAAGCGUGCGGGACUUGUAGCAGCGUAA